AUGGGCACAACUGUUGCAACCGACGCAUUGCUGGAACGGAAAGGCAAAGAAAUUGCACUGGUGGUCACCAAGGGAUUUAAGGACUUGAUCAAGCUGGUGCCACGCACUACUUCAGCAAGUGCCGAUGCAUACCCGACCCCGACCAUCAAGAUGUAUAUUUCGGGGUUUCCGGCUGGAUUUGAAGACGGAGGUUUGAUGGACGUGGACCAAUUCUCAGGCUUACGAGCCAUUCUUUCUGGCCCUGCUGGUGGGGUGGCCGGCUAUGCAUUGACUUCAUAUGAUGAUCCUCCAUUGAAGAUCCCAGUGAUCGGCUUCAAUAUGGGAGGGAUAAGGGAUGUUUUUGAGACGACUACUGCUGGGGUGACUAUCCAUUCCCCUCAAUUGGACAUCAACACUGUCGCUGCGGCAGGUGGCUCGAGUUGA